AUGUGCCGUCGCAUUGUCAACGGCCACUUAGACCCCACGGAGGAGGAGUUCAAUCUACAAAAUAUCUCCAAAUGUCGAACGGAGCAUCUGUUGAUAUGUAAAUCUCGCUUGCAAUAUUUUCACCGCGCUAAAGUUAGCAGUGAGGUAGUGUUCGAAUUCAGCAGCAAAUACGAAAACCUUGACAUCCUUGAAUGUGGUGCCCGGAUCUUUAGCCAAGCAUACUUGCAAAUGAGCAAUGAGUCCGAACCCUUGGAAGACGAUGAAGAAGAAUUUGACUCGAAAGAAGACGAGAAUCACAGAGGCGCAACACAUACGGAUUGUUGGAGUUGGCUCUUCUCCUGCUUUGUGAAAAAGGAAGCUUUGUUUCGGGGAACAAGACGACGAUAG